UCUUAAUUGAUAUUAAAUAUAAAAUGUCAAAUAUCAUGAAGCAUAUGAGAGCAGUUUUGAUAACACUACACUUUUUUGGAAUGGGAUAUUUCCUAAAUGAGCUAAGCCAGAUAAGAUACAUAAGUCCUUGCAUCUACGGCUUCGAUCAUGCCAAAUCCAGAGCAAGGAAUACAGAAGCACGAAUAAUAGGAUCAGCUGUAGCAGCGAUAAUUGCUCCCUUCGUAUGGAUAAUGUUUCGAAUGGGUAAAUAAGAACACUCUUAUAGUUGCUAAUCUCAUCAUGAUUAUUGGAAGUAUUAUCAAUUUGUUUCCUUAUUUCAUACUGCUGGUGUUAGGAAGAGUGGCUAAAGCAAUAUCUAUCAUAAUUAUCUGAUGAACAGCCCCUCUUUUACUCAGAGAUAUAGGCGGAACUGAACAUAGAGGUCCCUACCUUGCUCUUAUUAAUGUGUUUAAUAGUCUUGGGUUCCUUACCUGAAUGUUUGUCGGAUUCUUAAUUCCAGAAAUCAAAAUUAAACUCGGAUUGGAUUAUUAUUGACGUAUAACUAAGUUUGAUGAUAUUGGAUGGAGAAUUGUACUCAGCUUCCCUCUUAUACUAUCAGUGUUACAAAUUAUUGGACUUAUGUGAUGUUUCGAGAACCAAUUUAAUGCUAAAAAGGUUCAUAAAGACUAUAGCAUUCGGUCGUCACUUCAGACUAUUGAAAACUUUGAUAGAAGAAAAGACAUGAAGAAAUUUUAUAGCUUUAGGCUAGAAGAGGAGGAGGAGAAGAAUUGUUCUUAUAGUAUUUAUACUGGAUCUCAUACAGUAGAGACCUCAACUCACUCUAUUGAGUCUGAUACUGAGUCUUAUCAACAUAUCUUUUCCUCUAAAGGAAUUAGGCCUUUGGUUGCUGGAUGUUUGAUGCAUGCUUUCCUUCAUUUUAGUGGAGUGAAUCUGAUAUUCUCCUAUUCUUAUUACUAUCAAUUGAAAAUAGGACCAGAAAGGCUCACCUGGAGGUUAAUACUUGCUCUUAUAAAUUUCUUUAUGUCUUUCGUUGGAGUUUACUUUGCAAAAAUAUUUAGAAGAAAACCGGUUGUUCUAAUUGCUACAAUAAUUGCCUGUGCUUUAAAUUGAUUCUUAUUUCAACUAUUUGAAGAUCCUAAAGCAGAAGAUGAACGCUACAAACAUGUAGCAAGGACAAUGAGCACAGUUUUGGUGAUAGUUUUUGCAAUAGUAUUCACAACUACAAUAGGCCCAUUCACAUGGGUAUACUCAGCAGAAAUUCUAAACGAUAAAGGAAUGUGAAUGGCAAUCUGUGUAAAUUGGGGGUUAUACACAGUCAUCUCUGCUUUGCCAACUAUUGCAAUUUAUAUAAAAUCAUCUCCAAAUCCUUUCACUGAUGGAAUCGAGAAUGUUGGAAUUUUCUUCUUCUUAUUCAGUGGAGCAUCUAUGCUUCUUUUCUUUUUAAUAAUUGUCUUUGCUAGAGAAAGCAAGGGUCUCCCCAGAAUGCUUAUAGAGAGAAGGUUUCAUGACAAAUCUUACAAUACUGUAGCUAGAACGAGCACCUUUUAGCUGUAGAAACCAAAUUUACCCAAUAUUUUAAAUAAAACCUUUAAUAGU